AUGUCUGAGGUUGAGGAAACUCUUGAACGCAUCAGAAACCACAAGGGUGUGGAAGGUUACGUGAUUGCAGACCGUUGUGGCAAUGUGCUUCGACGUCAUCCACAGAUGCAAGUGGCCGAGGCUGAGAAGUAUGCACUGUAUAUGAUGGAACUAACUACAAAGGCCCGUGGCGUUGUGCGCGACUUAAAUCCUAAGGAUGAUCUGCAAUUCAUGCGUAUUCGCAUUCGGAAACUGGAGCUUCUCAUUGCACAUGAAAAAGACUUUUUGGUGGUGAUUAUUCAAAGAUGGACGCCAUCAAACGGUUAG